AUGGUGUUGUUUCAGAUCAAAGACAAGUCUGAGAUCUUCAAAAUCCCCAAUUUCCGAGGUAUACCGAAUGUUUACUUCGCCGACUAUCUUGAGACGGAAAAUGAGCAGGUUGCAAAUCCCAUUGUUGGAGCAUGGUUCCGCAUCGAAAAGGUUCCAGAACCUACACCUCCGGCUUAUGAGUAUGAUGAGGUUGGAAUCACUUUGGAAGGUAUAGAAUCCCAGAACUUCUCUGAAGGAAAAUAA